AUGACUCAAACAAAUAAUGCAAUUCAAAAGAAAUCGAUUUCAUCGCAAAAUACAAAAUUUCCCACAAUACCGCUUAGUUCACCACCUUCUUAUGACGAUGUUAUUAGAAGUCAAGUAGGACCUUUUGGUAGUUCAUCAUCAUACUCUAAUAUUUUAAACAGAGAAGUUUCUGAAUGUCGAUACACUUUUACUCCAAGAAUAAUUCGCAAACAGCCUCGUGGAAUAAAAUUAUUUUUUGCUCCUUUACAAGAUUCAAAAAAUUGGGCAGCAUUGAUAUAUUUGAUCUUAUGGAAUCUUCCCUAUUCAUGUUUUUGUUUUGGAUGGGUUAUUGGAACCUUUGUCGGUAGUGUUGCAUCUUUGAUAUUUCCUCCUGUAGGUUAUGUUCUGUUACUCUUUUCAGUUUAUUCAUGGAGGAUGCUCGGUCGCUUUGAAAUAGCGAUAUUAAAUUCCAUUUCAUCAGAUAAUUCAGCGACGAUCAAACGUAAAUCACUUCCUUCUAUAACAAAAGUGACACCCAUCUAUUUGUAUUCUUCAUUAAGCAGUACUAAUUACCAAAUUCCUGUUCGUCUUAAUCAAACAGGAAGGUUUGAAAAUCUUUUUUUACUUUUGAAGGAUACAUUUACCGUUAGAACCGUCGUUUACUUUACCUUUACAAAAUUUGUAAUGUCUAUUGUAACGUUUACAUUAACAGUAACAUUAUUAGCUUUGGGUGUUUCUUUUAUAUUAUGCUUGUUUCCUUUAUGUUUGAGAAUUUGUGGGCAAUUGGUGGAUAUAGAAGCGAAACUAGCAAGAAAAAUUUUAUUAGAUUGA